UUAGAACAAGCUUCUGGCCAUUAUUCCAUUUAUCCAGAGGCAGAAGGGACCCUCUUGCCUGUCACUGACACAGUUGCCAGUUUCAACAAAGAGCCUAUAGUAUUGCCUAAGGAAACAGUGUUUCCUCUUACAAGGUACAAUCUUGGCUCCUCUGCCACGAGGGGGGGUGUUCUUGAAAAUGUGCUCCAGAGACCUUCCUAUUUAACCAGGAUGCAAAUUGCAUUGCUACAUAAUUCCCCCUGCUGAGGCCCUAUGAAAG